AGUAAAUAAACACUAACGUAACCGGAAAUCAGCUGCUGUGCGGCAGUUUAAACAGUUCUUAAAGCGAUGUUGCAAAAACAGUUGUUUAAAGUAGUAUUGCCAAAAGUUCAAAAUGCUCACAGUCCAUUUAAGGGAGAGACUUUUUAAGAUGAUUUAAAUUCUCUUUCACGUCGCUUUGCUUCAGUCCCCGAAGUCGAACUCUUUCCCACGAAGAAUUUAUGAAACGUAACGGCUUAAAGGCACUGACCUUUCCUUUAUCACUGUCCUCAAUCUUUUCUGCUAUCCCGCAGAGAUUAACAUGAGAACAGUCAACGAAUUCCUUCCGAAUAAGGAUUAAACAAGGUUGAACCCGUUUCACCGUCGUAAAUCGAUUCUCCUCAAUCUUUAACUCCCGAACUCCGAUCUUCACUCUCCACUGAUUCUCAACUAGCAGUAUUGUAAAGAAACUGCUGGCAAUGACCUUUUAAACUUUAGGCAUUAGAUAAAACUUCAUCUUUCAACUAAACUGCGUCAUCACAUUAAAUCACGCAGUGGCAUGAAGUCAACAUGGCAAAUCCCGCCACGAACUGCCCCCCCUCACAGGGUGGGGUCUUCCUUUUAUAACCUGUAAAAAAAACCUGUCACAUUAUCUCUACUGGCAGGAAAAUUACGUCACUCCACCAUCACAAGACCAUUACCUCAAGUCCAGUAUAGCUUCAACCCCAGUCACAUGACAAGGGUACCACUGUCAUGUGUCACUAGUACGUAACACAAGGAUGUUGCCUGGAUUGGGGAGCAUACCUUAUGAGAAUAGUUUGAGUGAACUCGGCCUUUUCUCCCUGGAGCGACAGAGAAUGAGAGGUGACCUGAUAGAGAUGUAUAAGAUGAUGAGAGGCAUUGAUCAUGUGGAUAGUCAGAGGCUUUUUCCUUCUGGUUUCCACAAGAGGACAGAGGUUUAAGGUUCCGGGGAGUACAUACAAAGGAGAUGUCAGGGUUUUCACCAUAUGUUAAUGUGAAGAGUGAACAGUAAAUGGUUAAUCUUACUGCGAUCUGGUUUCAUUGACUGUGGUUUAUCUCGACGUUGAAUUCAGCGUUAUUAGUACACCCGAAGGAGAACGUUACAGUGAAAAAGCGGCAUUAUCAGGUGUUUCAAGUGCUGCAAUGUCAGCUCGAUCCAGCAUUAAGUCGACGCCGCCCAGCGACAAGGGCGGUAAACCGACAUCAAGUAAGCCCACCCAGGCAUUAUCAGGUGUUCCAAGUGCUGCAGUGUCAGCUCGAUCCGGGAUCAAGUCGAUGGCGCCCAGCGACAAGGGCAGUAGAGCGACAUCAAGUAAGUCCACCCAGGCAAGAGCCAAGGCAGAAGCCACCAAGGUGCGACUGCAUUACGCCAGACAAGAAGCAGUUUUGAAAAUGGAACAGGCCACCAGAGAAGCCAAAAUCCAGAAGGAAAGGGCCGCUAGACAAAGUGAAGAGGCCGCCAGACAAAGUGAAGCGGUCGCCAGACAAAGUGAAGCGGCCGCCAGAGAAGCUGAAACCCAGUUGGAAAUGGCAAAAAUAUCAACAGAGUUGCAAGCGCUGCAGCUAGAAAGAGAAGAAGAAGCUGCCAAGGCGGAAGCAGAGUACAUAGAAGAAGCUGAAGGGUCGCGUGAUUGGACCGAAGUAAGAUCUACUUUAGAAAGGACCAGACUGGAACGCACAAGCGACUAUGUACAAUCUCAAAUAGACAGGCAGGCUCGUCUCUCCUCUCCAUACGUAUUCGAUAACUUCCCCAGCUACGAGGAUCCCCAGAGAGGCACGAUUGCAUCACAUCCAUACAAGGGAGAAAAUUUACCCUCGCGACUCCGUGAUGAAGUCAAGAAUGAAAGAGCUGACAACCGAUACUUCUCAACACCAAACUUACAAAGUUUGAUGCGAAGAGAUGCAGAGGUCGGAUCCAGGAUGGCAAAUUCCAUGAGAAACGUACGCUCUCAGUCAUAUAGGCGCCAACGUACUUCUCCAGCCCGCAUGCCGCUUACAGCCGAUCCCACGAUGCAGUAUUUAGCACGACGGGAUCUCAUCACUUCGGGACUGUACCAGUUUGACGAUAAACCUGAAAAUUACUGUGCAUGGUACUCGACAUUCACCAACGCGAUCGACGGAGUCCAGCUCAGUGCAACCCAAAAGUUGGACCUUAUGGAGAAAUGGCUGGGGAAAGAAUCACGCGACCAGGUGAGACGCAUACGUUCAGUGUACAUCAACAAACCCGAACUAGCCUUAAGCAAAGCGUGGGAGAGACUUCGGGAGGGCUAUGGGGCCCCCGAAAUUAUUGAAGCGGCGCUAUAUCGACGUCUGGAAAACUUUCCUAAGGUGUCAGCCAAAGAUCACAUUAAGUUAAGAGAAUUCGGAGAUUUACUCAUGGAGAUCCAAGGCGCCAAAGAAGAUGGCUACUCAGCUGGUCUAGUAUAUCUAGAUACUCCAUCCGGGAUUAGACAAGUCGUGGACAAACUUCCUUUUGGGCUGCAGGACAGGUGGCUGUCCGUUGCUUUAGAAUACAAGGAAGAGCACGAUGAUCGAUUUCCUCCCUUUGAGCUCCUCACUAGGUUUGUGUGCAGGGAGGCGAAGAAGCGAAACGACCCUAGCCUCGCGGGUCCAGGAAACAGUACGAUUUACACCAAGCCAGGUAGAUCCUCUUUGAAUGUUUUCAACAUUGAUAAACCCGUGUCAGUGCUCAAGACUGAAGCCCUUACAACUAACAACGACCCUGGCAAGUAUUGUCCAUUGCAUAACAAACCUCACCCCCUCAAAGGAUGCAGAAUGUUUAGGGAAAAACCCCUUGAAGAGAGGACGGCCCUUCUCAAGGAGAAAAGAAUAUGUUUUAGAUGCUGUUCCUCAACCUCUCACCUCGCCAGAGAGUGUACGAUCGCCGUGAAGUGUCCGGAAUGUGAUAGCAUGGAUCACGUCGGGGCCAUGCAUUCCGGCCUGUCACCGCAAACCGACAACGCUCCUUCACCCCCACAACAGGACGGCGGGGAGGGAGAGGCUCACUCUAGGUCAACAGUUGUCAGCACGAAAUGUACAGAAGUUUGCGGUCAAGCUCAGUCAAGCCGUUCUUGUUCCAAGAUCUGCCUCACUAAGGUGUACCCUAAAGGAGCCAAAGACAAGGCCAUCAAAGCCUAUGUGAUUCUGGACGAUCAGAGCAAUCGCUCACUAGUCAGUCCAGAGUUCUUUAAAUUGUUCAACAUUGAGAGUGAGCAGUUCCCAUACUACCUCAAAACUUGCUCAGGCAACAUGGAAACCCAAGGAAGGAAGGCCGAAGGCAUCCAGAUCGAGUCCCUGGAUGGUAAAGUCGUCAUCUGUCUCCCUCCGCUCUUAGAGUGCAAUGAAAUCAUGAAUAACCGCACUGAGAUCCCGACACCAAGUGCGGUGCUACACCAGCCACAUCCACCACAUCACCAAACACAUCCCAGAACUGGAUCCAAAAGCGGAAAUACUCCUGCUAUUAGGAAGAGAUGUAAUCCGGGUACACAAGGUUAGGCAGCAGGUCAAUGGA